AUGACACCUAAGUUCCACCCCAACGAGAUCAAAGUCGUGUACCUGAGGUGCACUGGUAGGGAAGUCAGUGCGACAUCUGCCCUGGCCCCCAAGAUUGGCCCCCUGGGUCUAUCUCCAAAAAACACUGGUGAUGACAUCACCAAGGCAACUGGUGAUUGGAAGGCUCUGAGGAUUACAGUGAAACUGACCAUUCAGAACAGACAGGCCCAGACUGAGGUGGUACCUUCUGCUUCUGCCCUGAUCAUCAAAGCCAUCAAGGAACCACCAAGAGACAGAAAGAAGCAGAAAAACAUUAAGCACAGUGGAAACAUCACUUUUGAUGAGAUUGUCAGCAUUGCCCGACAGAUGCUGCAUCGGUCUUUAGCUAGAGAACUCUCUGGAACCAUUAAAAAGAUCCUGGGGACUGCCCAGUCUCUGGGCUGCAAUGUUGAUGACCGUCACCCUCAUGACAUCAUAGAUGAAAUCAACAGUGGUGUGGUGGAAUGCCCAGCUGGUUAA